AUGGAGGGCGGAAGCCCACACAGCAGAGGCCUUUCGAUAAAGCAGGGCCCUGUGGCCCCCAGCCCCGGCCUGUCCUCACUGGGCGCCAGCUUCAUUCUCCUGAAAUCCGCGCUGGGGGCCGGCCUGCUCAACUUCCCCUGGGCCUUCCACAAGGCAGGAGGCGUGGCCCCUGCCCUCCUGGUGGAGCUGGUCUCCUUGGUCUUUCUGAUCAGUGGACUGGUCAUCCUGGGCUACGCAGCCUCUGUCAGCGGCCAGGCCACCUACCAGAGUGUGGUGGGAGAACUGUGUGGCCCCACCAUCGGGAAACUGUGCGAGGUCUGCUUCAGUGUCAAUCUGCUCAUGAUCUCCGUGGCCUUCCUCAGGGUGAUUGGGGACCAGCUGGAGAAGUUGUGUGAAUUCCUCCUGCCCAGCUCCCCGCAGCCCUGGUAUGCAGACCAGCACUUCACCCUGACCCUGCUCUCUGUGCUGGUCAUCCUGCCCCUGUCGGCCCCAAGGGAAAUCGGCUUCCAGAAGUACACAAGCAUCCUAGGCACGUUGGCUGCCUGCUACCUGACCCUGGUCAUCGUGGUGCAGCACUACACGGGACCCCAGGCGCUUGCUCGGGAGCCCCGCGCUGCACUCAGCGCUUCCUCCUGGACCUCUGUGUUCAGCGUCUUCCCCACCAUCUGCUUCGGAUUCCAGUGCCAUGAGGCUGCUGUGUCCGUCUACUGCAGCAUGCGCAACCAGGGCCUGGCUCACUGGGCGCUCGUCUCCGUCACGUCCUUGCUGACCUGCUGCCUCGUCUACUCGCUCACAGGGGUUUAUGGCUUCCUGACCUUCGGGACUGAAGUUUCUGCUGAUAUCUUGAUGUCCUACCCGGGCAACGACGUGGUCAUCGUGGUCGCCCGGGUCUUCUUCGCCAUCUCCAUUGUGACCGUCUACCCCAUUGUGCUCUUCCUGGGGAGGUCGGUGAUGCAGGAUUUCUGGCAGAGGAGCUGCUGGCUGGCGCGUGUGCCCCAGGCCCUGGCUGACCCCUCGGGGCCAUGGGUUCGCAUGCCACUCACCAUCCUGUGGGUCACCGUGACGCUCGCCAUGGCCCUGUUCCUGCCGGACCUCAGCGAGAUCAUCGGCAUCAUUGGCGGCAUCAGCUCCUUCUUCAUCUUCAUCUUCCCAGGUCUGUGCCUCAUUUGUGCCAUGGGCCUCGAGCCUGUCAGACCGAGAGUCAGGUGCUGCCUGGAGGGCUGGGGAGUGGUCUCCGUGCUGAUGGGCACCUUCAUCUUUGGGCAGAGCACGGUGGCGGCCAUCUGGGAGCUCUUCUGAGGGUU